AUGUCUACUCCACGAUUGCCACCACUUCCAACUGUACGAGAAAUACUAAAAUUAUAUCGUUUGAAUGCUAUGAAAAGAUUAUCUCAAAACUUUCUUUUGGAUCAAAAUAUAACUAACAAAAUUGUAGCAAAAGCGGGAAAUAUUUCCGGGAGUCAAGUACUGGAAGUCGGUCCAGGUCCAGGUGGAUUAACUCAAUCUAUCCUGAGAAAGAUUCCUGAACGAUUAAUAGUUGUAGAAAAAGACCAGAGAUUUAAACCGACUUUAGAGAUGUUAGCAGAUUCAUUUGGUGCGAUUAAUGGAAAGAUGGAUAUAAUAUACGAGGAUAUCCUGAAAACACACAUAGAAAGUCUAUUUCCGCUGGAAAAAAAGAGAGAUUGGAAUGAUAAAUCUCCAGAUAUCUUCGUCAUAGGCAAUUUACCGUUUAGUUUAGCGACACAUCUUAUAAUUAAGUGGUUGCAUGCGAUAUCCGAACAACGUGGACCUUGGGCAUUUGGUAGAACAAAAAUGACAUUAACGUUUCAAAAAGAAGUAGCGGAACGUUUAGUGGCUCAACCGAUGGGAGAACAACGAUGCAGGCUGUCAGUAAUGGCACAAACGUGGACAUUUCCAGUACUUCGUUUUAUUAUUCCUGGUGAAGCAUUUGUUCCGAAACCAAAUGUCGAUGUGGGAGUGGUGUCGUUUACGCCAUUGGUCAAACCACGCACACAAUAUGAUUUUAAAUUUUUUGAAAUGAUAACGAGGCAUGUAUUCAGUUUUAGGCAGAAGUACAGUAUACGAUGCAUUGAAACUCUAUUUCCGAAGGAGCGUCAGAAAGAUUUAGGUUUGAUGAUGUAUAAAUUAGCUGACUUGGACCCGACAUUCAGACCAACGCAACUUACCGUGGAAGAUAUCAAUAAGCUAGCAACCGCUUACAAAUAUCUGAUCGAGAAACAUCCAGAGCUUGAAAUAUAUAAUUAUCGCGCAUCUCGGCACUUAUUACCGUUGAGUAAUACGAAAAAUGUUGUAAUACAGGACUGUACAGAAACAUUGGAAGAAAAUGUUGAAAUGAGUAUCUAAUCGGAACGACCUAUACUUGAAAUAUGCAUCAAAUUUCAGUUUUAUUAAAUCGCAGAUUGUAAUGUAGCAGAUUAAUUUGUUACAAUGAAUUUCUGUUAGAACUUCGUGAGGAAAUCUGUAAAUAUAUAUUUAUAUAUAUAUAUAUACACACACACACACACAG